AUGCCAGGCAGGAGAUACGAGGACUCAGGCAAGACUCUGGGAAUGUCCGUGCCGAAGAGCUGCUUCGGUUACCCCUUAAGCAUCUUCUUCAUCGUGGUCAAUGAGUUCUGCGAAAGGUUCUCUUAUUAUGGAAUGAGAGCACUCCUGAUCCUGUACUUCCAACGUUUCCUGGGCUGGAACGACAACCUGGGCACCGCCAUCUAUCACACAUUCGUCGCCCUGUGCUACCUGACGCCUAUCCUCGGAGCUCUCAUCGCUGACUCCUGGCUGGGGAAGUUCAAGACGAUCGUGUCGCUGUCCAUCGUCUACACCAUUGGGCAGGUAGUCAUCGCUGUGAGCUCAAUUAAUGACCUCACGGACUUCAACCAUGAUGGAACGCCGGACAGUAUUACUGUGCACGUGGCUCUCUCCAUGAUUGGCCUGGUCCUGAUCGCUCUGGGUACCGGAGGGAUAAAGCCUUGCGUGUCUGCAUUUGGCGGAGAUCAGUUUGAAGAGGGCCAGGAAAAGCAAAGGAACAGAUUUUUUUCCAUCUUUUAUUUGGCCAUUAAUGCUGGAAGUUUGCUUUCUACUAUCAUCACCCCCAUGCUCAGAGUUCAGGUAUGCGGAAUUCACAGUAAGCAAGCUUGUUACCCCCUGGCCUUUGGGGUUCCUGCUGCACUCAUGGCUGUAUCUCUGAUCGUGUUUGUCAUUGGCAGUGGAAUGUACAAGAAGGUCCAGCCCCAGGGUAACAUCAUGUCUAAAGUUGCCAGGUGCAUUGGGUUUGCCAUCAAAAAUAGGAUUAGCCAUCGGAGUAAGAAAUUUCCUAAGAGGGAGCACUGGCUGGACUGGGCUAGCGAGAAAUAUGAUGAGCGGCUCAUCUCUCAAAUUAAGAUGGUUACAAGGGUGAUGUUCCUGUACAUCCCUCUCCCCAUGUUCUGGGCCUUGUUUGAUCAGCAGGGCUCCAGGUGGACACUGCAAGCAACGACCAUGAGUGGGAAGAUUGGAAUCCUUGAAAUCCAGCCGGAUCAGAUGCAGACGGUGAACGCCAUCCUGAUCGUCAUCAUGGUCCCCAUCAUGGAUGCCGUGGUAUAUCCUCUGAUCGCAAAGUGUGGUUUAAAUUUCACCUCCCUGAAGAAGAUGACCGUCGGCAUGUUUCUGGCUUCCAUGGCUUUCGUGGCGGCUGCCAUCGUGCAGGUGGACAUUGACAAAACUCUGCCCGUCUUCCCCAAAGGAAAUGAAGUCCAAAUCAAAGUCCUGAAUAUAGGAAAUAAUAGCAUGACCAUGUCUUUUCCCGGAACUACAGUGACAUGUGACCAGAUGUCUCAAACAAACGGAUUUAUGACUUUCAGCGUAGACAACCUAAGUAUAAACGUUUCUUCUGCUGGAUCACCAGUCACUCCAGUAACUCAUAACUUUGAGUCCGGCCAUCGCCAUACCCUUCUCGUCUGGGCCCCAAGUAACUACCAAGUGGUAAAAGAUGGCCUUAACCAGAAGCCAGAAAAAGGGAGAAAUGGAAUCAGAUUCGUUAAUGCUUUUGGCGAGAGCUUCAGCGUCACAAUGGAUGGGGAAGUUUACAACAAUGUCUCCGGUCACAAUGCCAGUGAAUAUCUUUUUUUCUCUUCUGGCGUAAAGAGCUUCACAAUAAACUCACCAGAGAUUUCACAACAGUGUGAAAAACAGUUCAAAACAUCCUACCUUGAAUUUGGUAGUGCGUUUACCUAUGUAAUCACCAGAAAGAGUGACGGUUGCCCCGAACCAAAGAUUUUCGAAGACAUCUCCCCCAACACAGUCAGCAUGGCUCUGCAGAUCCCCCAGUACUUCCUCCUCACCUGUGGCGAGGUGGUCUUCUCCAUCACCGGCCUGGAGUUCUCCUAUUCUCAGGCUCCUUCCAACAUGAAGUCGGUACUUCAGGCAGGAUGGCUGUUGACCGUGGCCGUCGGCAACAUCAUCGUGCUUAUUGUGGCAGGAGCAGGCCAGUUCAGUGAACAGUGGGCCGAGUACGUUCUGUUUGCGGCAUUGCUUCUGGUCGUCUGCAUAAUAUUUGCCAUCAUGGCUCGAUUCUAUACGUACAUCAACCCCGCAGAGAUUGAAGCUCAGUUUGAUGAGGAUGACAAGGAGAAUGACCUGGAAAAGAGUAACCCAUACCCCAAGCUGGACUUGGUCUCACAGACACAAAUGUGA